ACAGAGUCCAAUCAGAAAUGGGAAUCUGAGGGACAGGCCGGGACAAUAGACCAAUCGUAGUUUGCUAUGGCCGGGAUGGGGUUUUCCUUAUGAUUGGCGUACAUAAGAGCCAAUCACUAUUUGAAAAAGCGAAAGGACGCGAGGGUGAUUGACCAAUGGCUGCAGCGGAAGGUGGGAUUUCCUCACUUUAAGAGGAAAGCGGCAGUUUUUGAACAAAAGAUGGCGGCUUGCAGUCGGAGGAGCGCUUUGACCUCUAAAAGAUCAGUGAACCUGACUAGCAGUAAACGUUUGAGACCUGAGACUGAAUCAAAGUCGCCUUGCAAUACGUCAGUGCAAUCUUCUCAACGGAAAACCAUGCAGGUCGCGUCAGAGCAGUUGUUCAUCAAGCCCACUACACCAAGUCUUAAACGGAGAGAUUCUUUUGGGCCACGUAAAUCUUUUAAUGACGAUUCAAAUGGAUCAGGCGCAUUACUUAAGAGCUCAAAAAGUGUGCCGAAUCUGAGUGAUUCACGAAAUUUGCUCACCACACCCAAGUCACCCCUACCUGCAACACCUGGUCAGAAACCAGCACCAACACACACUCCAAGACAAAGAUUGAGCCAGUGUGACACAUUCCAAUGUGUCACACCAAGAUCAAGUGCAGCUUCUCAAAACACAUCUCACAAGAAAUUAUAUAAAGAAGAAAGCAAAGGAUCAGACAUAGGGUCCUCAAUGGAGGAAUAUAGUGGGAAGACAAAAGGAGCUCGAGUAGUGCCAUCUAGAUUUCGAGAAGCUGCAGCUAUGAAAAAGAAAGCGGUCAGUAAGGGUCAUGAGAAAAGUUCAGAACCUGGGCUGAAACGACUAAAUGUAAAGAAAAAGUGUUUGGACCUCCACUCUACAGGGCUUGAAGAAAGCGCACUUAUGCCAUCUCUAAACUGGGAUCUAUCAGCCAUGAAGUCUGAAUUUUCGGCAAUUGAAAUGCCAGAAUAUAUGAUAUCUGUUCUAGAACCUACUUUGCCUCCUACGCUGCCUGAAGAAGAUGCAAUUGAAGUGCAUAAUUUUGAUGCAUUGCUCUACUCCUACUUGGCCUCUAUGAGAGAAAGUAAUUUGGCAAAAUACCAAGAAAAGGCAGAAGAGUACUUGCUUCUGAUUGAAGAGGAAAACCAGCAUUUGCGGCGAGAAAUAUUUCAACAGAAACAAGAGCUUAUUCUGCAAGAAAAGAACAAGCAAUUAGAUGGAAUGGUAGAACAGCAGUUGGAGCAUUUAAGACCUGUGGUGGCAUCUAACCAGCAGUUCAAAAUUCAGUACAAAUCCUUUGGUCAGGCUCUUGAUACAACGAGGCAUGGCCUUCAAAUGAAGAACAUUUACAUGCCAGAAGACCUGAGGAAGAAUUUGGAGGAGUUGAAAAUUCAUCUCAAGACAACAUAUCAGCUGCUAGAUGGACUUGGACUCAGACCAGACAGAAAUAAUUCAAAAGCUGGAAUUGAGCUUGGAGAGGCUGCUGCAAAGACAGAUACAGAGAUGAAGAGUUUCUUCAUGAAGAUUGAGGAAUUGGCUUCUUGCAUCAGCAGAGAGACUACUCUUAUACAUCAAGAGUUGGAUGAAGAAACCUUGGGGAUGAAAGUAUCAGCAAAGGGGAUCUUCAUAUAGACCAUUGCCCUUAUUUAUAAAUAGCAUUUCAUAUAUGUAUAAUAAAAUCUAUUGUGUCACAAUUUGUUGGAGAUUGCAUGAAUAACAUUACAACGUUUUGUAUAUGAUCAUUAAGGUGAGCGUUGUACAGAUUAUUAAUCUGCAUAAAAGUUGGCAAUGCGAUGUAUAGUAACAUGUAGCUUUGCAUUCCUUAGUUUGUAUCACUUGGUUCCCAGAUGAAAGGAGGCUUGUGUGAUUUUUUUUUUUGUUUUUCCCAUAGGAUUGGAGGAAAAACCUCAGUGGGGCAUUCCUGGGCAGCUUCCUUGCAAAAAAUGCCCUCUGAAUUAGAUUACCUAGUUGCCUCUUUAGGCGAUGCUGCAUGCCACAAGGAGGCAAUGUGAGGUGAAGCAAUCAGUUUUUAAUUUGUGAAAACAAUUGUUGCAUUUUUUGGGCAGCAUGUUUCACCCCAUCGAGGAUCUCUUGCUGCACUGGUCUUGAUCUUUGUGAUAUCUUGAAUUGAAUUUCUGAGAUUGCUGGCCAGUUAGGUUAGGCACUAAAGUUCAACCAAAUGAAAGUUCAUGAUACUCGCAUCAGAUGCAUCUCCUAACCUACCUUUUCCCGGUAGUUUUUUUUUAAACUGAGAAUGACUAGAGAGAAAUCAGUAAGUGUACGUAUAUUUUCCCUUUAUACCAUUUGAUAACACUGGGUGUUCAAUGGAAUAUAUAUCCCCUUGAAGUGCCUUUGCCUUUGUUGUCAUAGGCUGCUCAUAUUGGUUCUAUGCACCUUGCUUUCUCAGUAGUUAUAUCUGAGAUGUGAAAAGUUUAUUAAUGGUGAGCUCAAGGUGGAGAUGGAUUUGUACUGAAUAUUUUAAAGAGAAAGUCUGUUUUGCAUUUUUGCUAAUCCCACUAUUUCUUGUACUCCUUGGAUUAUAAACAAAAUAAGUACAUGAUUUGCAAUUUUAUUUUUUUUUAUCUAAUAGUUUUAGGUGAACAGGAUUCUAUACAGAAAUGCCAAAUUCCCUUGGGCUUUUCUGACUGAGUCAUAGAUAUCUGUUUUGCAAUCCAACAUGGCCCUGACAAUAAUAAAUCCCACUAACAGAUCACAAUAAGAUUCAAAGAAGAAAUUGCUGUGUUUUUUUUUCAAUUCAUUAACAGUUGUUCCCUAACUCACAAUAAAGCUGUUUUAUUCCUG